AUGGCGAACGGUUUCAACUUAAGCGAUGUUUUGCGCAUUGCUAGCAUCCACCCUUUUUACUCCGAUACUGAAUAUCCCCCGAACAGGGACGAUUUGUGUAAUUUGCUGGCGAAACAAUGGAGUCCAGAAAUAGAUUUGAAGCUAUCUUCGUUUCCAUUGACCUGGAAAGACGCUCUGUACAAGGAGAUCGCUCGAUUGACCACUGAUCGAGACCCUCGAAAUGGUUAUCGGCAACAAACAUACAUCAGUACGACUGGAGGAGGAUCCGGAAAAGGCUCCCCUAUGGUCUUUGCAACGGAUUCGCAAGAGACUCGUCAACAACGAGCAGCCAUUGGAGCUCUCCUGCGCUCGUGUGGAGUCACGGGGCCCGGAGACUGGGUUAUGACAAUGCACGUCUCGGGACACUUGUACAGAGCUUUAGAUCUCAUGGCCGAAACCUUCGAGGGGUCCGGCGCCUCGGUCCUUUGCGCUGGUAGCAUGAUGGAACAGGACCAGAUGGUUGAGACUCUGCUUGAAUACCGAGUCAAUGCCAUUGCCGGGGAUGCAGGUCAAAUCAUGCAGCUAACAAGAUACAUCUGCACCCUGCCAAACGAGACAAGAAAGCGACUGUUGAUCAAUAAAAUUAUAUACACCUCGGAGCCGAUGACUCCAGCUCAGCGCAAAUUUCUGAGCUCCGUUUUCCCCAAUGUAGCUGUCUCUUCGGUGAUUGGCAGUGCAGAGGCCGGGCCUUGGGCCACUUCACCAGCACAACUGACGGAGGCUUCAAAGGGACAGAAUUAUGCCGAUUUCGUGUAUGACCAGCGGCUGAUGCAUCUUGAGGUAUUCCCCUUCGACAUCGAAGAGUCUGAAGGCCCAGGGGCUGCUAGUGCUCACCCUGUUCCUGAUGGUGAGAAGGGACUACUUAUCCAAACCUCACUCCAGAGAAUGCGUCAUCCUCUCAUCCGUUACGUCUGCGGUGAUGUCUGCUCGCUUCAUCCUUUGCCGGCGUCAAUGAUAAACAUCAUCUCGCCGGAGGAUGUAGCUCACUACAAGGUUGCGCGUCUGUAUGGACGCGACCGAAGAAUCAGCUUUGAUUGGUACGGAGAGUACUUCGAAUUCUCCGUCAUCCAGGAUGCAAUGCGAACCGAGUCAUGGGGAAUCUUGCAAUACCAGAUCAUUCGGCGGUAUAAUGAAGGCGACAAGAACAAUCUUGACAUUGUUCUUGAGCUGCGUGUGCUGCGACAUAAUGAACCGGGCACAACUAGCAAUGAUGAAUUGACACGGGAGCUACGAAAGCUGUUUUGGGUGUUUGAAAACAAUGAAGAGUUGUUCGAUUUGAAAUAUCUACCGAGUUAUGCGGGAUUUGUCAGGAGUAGUACAGGACGGAAAGUCAUCAAUUUUAUUGAUAAAACACAGACAUAG